AUGUUCAAAGAACAAUUGUAUCUAUUAGCAUGUGUGUUUGCAUCAAAGGCAGACUCAACAAACCUUUCACAAAUUUUACGUCAUGUGCAUUAUUCUUUAGACUUCAUCAAAGCAGCAUGUAUACUUUGGCCUGAAUUAGAUGAUCCGAUGAAUCUAAUAUCUUUAUUUCCUACCAUCGAAUUGGGAAAUGACGAUAAUGACAAUAAUGCAAGUGCCAACGACGAUGGUUCUUUAAGCGAUGAAAAUCUUGUGGUGAAGUUAUUAGAAAAUAAUCCAGACCUUAUUCCAUUGGUGGAAGUAGGGAAUACUAUCGUUAAUACUAGAUACCUCUCUACUAAAUAUUUCAUUGAAUCAAAGUUAAAUGGGUUGUAUAGUAGUAAUAUUAUCCCAUUAGAAACAUCACUGAGCUCUUUAGAAGAUUUACAAUCCCUAUGGUUACAAAUUAGAAUUUUGGUAUGCAAUGAAGUCAUACCAGAAAUGACUUCAUUUUAUGAACCAUUAUGGACUCAUUCCAACUUUCAUAUAAAUAAAGAAGGGAAAGAUUGGAUCGAAUGCAUUAUCGAACCUUUGAAUUAUAUAAAUUCAAGAUUAGGCUCCAAAUUAAAAAUUAAAGAUUUUUCCAAAAUGGAUCCUAUCGCUGUGUUUCCUUUAAUAUUAGAAGGUGGUGAUAUGAAAAAAGAACUAAUACCUUAUUUGCAAUAUACGAAAUCAUUUACUUCCUUCUUAAAUAAUUUCUGCACUGUAACCCAAUUUCCUAUGGAUAAUCAGGAAAAUUAUGAAUUGUUGGACAAUUUAAUUGACAUUUUACCUUCGGUAUUACCUCAAGAUGAGAUUCACACGUUUAAGACAAGUUUAUUAAGAAUAAUAUUUGAAAAUAGUGGUAAUUUAUUAAAGUUUACAACUCUCGCGACUCUAAGUAACUUAGUAAAUGUUACCGCAGACAAUUCAGUGAUGUUAACAGAUUAUGACAAUUUGCAUUAUUAUGACCUACAGAAAUAUUUAUUAUUCAUGCAGAAUUUUUCUAAAAGUAAAGAUUCUUUCAAAGAUUUGUAUCUAAUCAAUAAAGGUACAGAAUCGUCCCAAUUAGCACAUUUCGCAUCUAUUUGUAAAGAAGAACUAAGUGCCAAUGCAAACAAACCUUCCAUUAAUAAUGCUAAGAUAAAGGAUAUUUUUGAUUCAAUCGUUCACGAAGAUAAUGAUAUGGUAUUAUCACAUUUAACAAUAGAAAGGAAAAUAUCAAUUUUAUUGGAAACCGUAUUAGACUUAGGGGAAUUUGAUGUUUUAGAAGAGGUUGUAACUCAAUAUAAAGAAAAAUUCAUUACGAAGCUAUUACUUAAAUUUUUUUGGAUUUAUUUCAAUAACUCAACUAAUGGAUCCAAAAAGAGUCUUGGAAUGACCAAAUGUCGUAAAGUUUUAAAUUUAUUAUCACUAGAAGCGCACACAAAGGGGCGACAGGACUUAAUAACGAAGGAAGAAUUAAAUUCUUUACAAACUUUACUGGAUGUGUCUGAUGAUUUAUCCAAAUAUUCAAUGAAUCUAGGAAAGGGACACAUUUUCAAACCAUCAAACAUAUUAGAUUUUGAGACAAAAGAAACCGGGCUUAUAUCGAUCUUAUUGGAAUCCAAUAAUUCGAUAUACAAAGACAUCUCUGUCACUUUUGAAAUAAUGAAAAAACUAAACGUAGCAAUGGCAUGUCAAUGUCCAUUCAUAAAUCAUAAUCAAUUGAAACCGGCUCAAAAAAAAGAUGUUAUUGUUGCAUAUAUGCGAUUAUUGACUCUACAUAUUGAUUAUUCAUUGGUUAACAUGGAUUUCAAUUUUGCAUAUAAACUAACAAUGGAACUAUUCGAUAAGUUUAAAACAUACAUAGGACAACAAUCUGAAACGAGUGGCAUAGCGACUGAUGAACGUUUCAAUUUGUGCGACUAUUGGUUGACAAUAUAUCAAGUGGGUAAAUUUAUUGAUCCGAAUUGGCUUGAUAAUGAGAUCCCUACAGAAAUACUUAUGCAACAAAUGAAAAUAUUAAGUAAAUUAUUAUAUGUUUGUCCAGUGGAAGAAGUAGAACCUAUUAUAUCAUAUUGGAGUGGACUAGAAUUGGAAUUAAGUAUCCGUGAUCUUGUAAAUGACAAGUACUCAUUAGAAAAAUAA